UCUCACCUCUACUCUACUAAUGUUAUGUCAACCAAAAUGGGUGUGAGCGGAGUAUUGUGCAGCUGUGUAUUAUAAAUGAAUUAAUUAAUUAGUUCUGCUUGAUAAAACGCAGCGAGAUCUAGGAUUUAGAUACCUCUGGCCUUGAAGAAUUAUUUUCUUUGUGUAAUAAUUCAAAAAUGGCUAUGGUUAAAACCCCUGUGCUGAAAGUUAUAUUGUGUGGUGAAUAUGGUGUCGGAAAAAGCUCGAUUUUUCGUCGAUUUAUUAACAAUACAUUUGUUCCUAACUCGGAUAGACGUUCUACUUUAGGAUUGGAUCACUUUGAAAAGCCAUAUCAACUCACAGACAAAACUGUAAAGUUACAACUUUGGGAUACUGGAGGUAUGGAAAGAAUUGCUUCAGUCACCUCAAGUUACUACAAGUUUGCUGAGGCAGCAAUACUUGUGUUUUCUCUUGACAAUGCAUCCUCAUUUCAUGUUCUGAGCCAACAUUUAUUAGACAUCGUGACUUACGCAGAAAAUGCUAAAAUAUUCCUAUGUGGAAAUAAAUCAGAUUUGGAAGGUUCUUCUCCACAAGUUACUGAUGCUGACAUUGAAACUUUUUGUGAACAGUGCCACAAUCUCAUCAGCACCACUUAUAAAACUUCAUGUAAAAAUGGAACAGGCAUAGAAGAAAUGUUCACAGAUAUCGCAAUGCAACUUGUAGAGUCUAAUAGAUCAAGAAUUGAACUGCAAACUUUGGACCACAACAGUUUCAAGAUAUCAAAUCCUGACCCAGUAGAUGAGCCAUCAUGUAGUUGUUGAAUCAUUUAAUUUGUUGCUUUAAUUAAUUUAAUUUGUGUUAAAAGUGUAUUAUAGUUUUGCAUAAUAGAAUUUGGAAAUUAUGCUUUAAAUAUGUGUUUAUAGAAUUAGAUUUAGAGUGAAGUUUUUGUUACAGAAUCUCUAUUGCUGACAAUUUAUUAUAAUUUGUAUUUAAUGUAGGAAUUAUCUAAUUGUUUGUACAAUCCUUACACUGUAUUUAGGUGAUUCUGUUAACUUAGCUAAUAUUUGUAUUGUUGUAUAUUUAUGAAUUACACACAGUAUUAAAGUGAAAUGGCCUAACAGUAUUAGGUUGAUCAUUCCGAGCCAAGUGAAUAAUUUCAAAAAUUGAAAUAUUGUAUGUAUCUAUGUGUUUAUUUUGAGUAAGUGUACUAGUGUAAUGUAUUCACUGACU